GACGUCAGUACCCUGUUUACAAAUUCCAGGCAGAUAUAGAAUUAAAAAGUCCAGAAUUCCACGGUACAAAAAUUACUAAAUUCCGAUACAUCCGAAUCAAAACAAAACAGACAUUGUUGCGAGACUUUCAAAUGGUGGACAUUAGAAUUUUUCAAUACUUCAACCAAUUACAUUGCGAUUGACUACCGCCAUGAUUGAAAACGAUGAUGCAGUUGUCAGUGGGACUCGAUAUGAUAAUUAACAUCGCUCUUCAUGCUGAUUAAAUUAUCGCUAAUAUUUUCACAACAACAAUAACAACAAAUUCAGAAAAUUAAAUAUUUAGCCCUACUUUCACAAGCAUCCCUAAUUGAUUUCAUGAUGCAAUUAACAGGAAAUAAAUGUAACGAUGUCAUCAACACCAAAGAAAGGAAAUCCAUGGGUGACUUGUGGCAAAUGCAGCGCCAUAAUCUCUCAGAGAGAUACAGCUGUUCACGAAAGCAAUUGUCCUCCCUCGGAGUUGUCCUGCGCCCAUAGUUACAUUCUAAACACAACUUUACACAGUACUUUGGAAACUUACACUAUGCAAGAACCACCAAAAAAUAUAUCCGUGCGAGACACCCACGAUAUGGUAUUCAUGUCCCAAUCAGCCCUUCAAUUAUGCGACAUAGCGAUUGGGGAUAGAGUCAUUUUAACAUCUGAAGUUGGGGCAAUCGUUAAGAAAGCUUGGCCAAUAAACGAUAAAUCAUUAACGACUGUUUCCCUUACAAAAAACACCAUCGAAACAUCGAGAAUGAAAGGACGUGUGAAAGUGAAAAAAUUUGAUUGCACUCUUCCUUCAGCCAAAGAGAUAGUCAUUGAGUUAAUAGGGAAAAUAUCAAAACUCAAAGUAACAACAGAUCUACAAGUUCUAGUAAAAAACCAUAACGAAAGGAAACCUCUCUGCGUUGGCACUAGAAUAGGUUUUCCAUACUAUGGGAAAACUCUGACAUUCAAGGUAAAAAAAAUAGUUGGAGAUAAAGAAACUAUUGAAAGCAUUGAAGACGCUUUUGAUCAAAUUAGUAUCAAUGAAAAAACUCCAACAUUCUUCGAACCUUUGUACAGCACAAAAUGGUCGAUAAUUGGAGAUGAACGUUCGAAAGUAAAUAGAAAAACGGGAACGGAGGUAACCUCGGAAGAUAUCGGAGGGUAUCAGGAACUAAUGGAAGAAUUGAAAGACAUGCUAGACAUCAUUUUUAGAAAAUCUAAGACUAUAAAAAAUUUAAAAAUCAGUAAAGGAAUUCUUUUGUAUGGGACUGAAGGUGUUGGAAAAACUGCAAUCACUUCAGCUCUCUUCUCACAUUAUAACAUCAACGUUUUCCCCAUAAACUCCAGUGACGUUAUGACUCAGUCUGCAGGUAAACUCGAAGCCUAUAUUACUGAAAUAUUUUCAGAGGCAAAAGCACAAAUUCCAAGCGUGAUUUUAAUUGAAGACCUAGAUGUUUUAUGUCCCAAGAAAAUGGUGAGUGGAUCAGAGAAUGAAAAACGUCUUACGGCGACUUUCAUCAACGAAUUUAAUAUCCUACAGAGGAGUGAUGUGGCUACUCUGGUAUGGAGCACGACUUCAAAGCCCGAUUUUAUUAAUCCCUCUUUGAGAAGACCAGGGCGGAUUGAUCGGGAGUUUGAAGUACCUGCACCAACCCCUCAAAUGCGAAAAGAGAUAAUUUAUAAAUUAUUAACGAAAUUUCCUCAUUCUUUAACUCAAAAAGAUACUGAUGAAAUUGCGUUUGUCACUCACGGAUUUGUUGGUGCUGAUUUGAAUUCCUUGUGCUCUAGGGCAGCUAUGAAUGCUAUAAAACGUCAUGAAAGUUUGUCAGAUCCAGAGGACGACAUUAAAAUGACGCUAGCCGACUUCAAUUACGCUUUAUCUCAAAUAAAACCCUCGGCAAUGAAAGAGGUGCUGGUAGAGAUUCCGAAUGUCUCGUGGUCCGAUAUUGGAGGACAGAAAGAUUUGAAGUUGAAGCUUCAGCAGGCGGUAGAAUGGCCCCUGAAGCAUCCAGAGGCUUUCUCAAGACUAGGAAUAACACCUCCAAGGGGUUUGUUGAUGUUUGGUCCCCCUGGAUGCUCAAAAACUAUGGUUGCCAGGGCUCUUGCAACAGAAAGUAAAUUGAACUUUAUUAAUAUUAAAGGACCUGAGUUGUUUUCGAAGUGGGUGGGAGAGUCCGAGAGGGCUGUGAGGGAGGUAUUUAGGAAAGCAAGGCAAGUUGCUCCUUCUAUAAUUUUUAUUGAUGAAAUCGAUGCACUCGGAGGAGAGAGGAGCAGCGGGACUGGUAGUGCUGGUAAUCAGGUGCAAGAACGAGUACUAGCACAGUUAUUGACUGAGCUGGAUGGUGUCACUGCUCUGGGAAAUGUUACGCUUGUUGCUGCUACCAAUCGACCUGACAGAAUUGAUAAAGCACUUCUCCGACCUGGACGUCUUGACAGAAUAGUAUAUGUGCCCUUGCCAGAUUACGAAACUCGGUUAGAAAUAUUCAAAAUUAAAUGUCGCAGAAUGCCGAUUGAUGAGGACGUAAAUAUCCCAGAUUUGGUUGAUCUCACUGAGGGUUAUUCUGGUGCUGAAGUUCAGGCAAUUUGCCACGAGGCUGCCCUCAAAGCACUCGAAGAAAAUUUAAAUGCCUCCUCAGUUUCAAAACAGCACUUCAAGGCUGCAUUAUCCAGUGUGAAACCUAGAACGCCUCGAGCACUCGUGGAGAUGUACGAGGAAUACGUGAAUAGAAUUGAAAAUUAGAAAAAAAAUAAUCGUAACAUGAAUUUUUGUUUAUUUUCCCAAGGAGAUUAUAUUACACUGAAUUAUUCAACAUGUACACGAGAAAACACACUCCUCGAGCCCAUAAUACUUUUAUUUGUUUUCUCACUAACUUCUAAAUUUCCAUAGCAUUCACUUUAAAUUAUCCUUUAAAUUUACUUUUAAAUCUUCAAUGAUUCUUUUCAUAUUCUAGUAUCGUUAAUCACGUGUAAAAAAGGAACUCAUUGAGUUCCCAGAACGCCAAUUACAUUUUUUUAUCAUAUAUUAAGUCUGUAUUAACAUGGAGUGACAAAUAGGAAUUCUAACAUUAUCAAUCACAUGAAUUUAUUCUUGUUCCAUGAAUGAUUGAAAUUGAAAUCAGAGACUGGUACAAAAAAAAUUGAAUAUGACGGAAUCAAUUCAUGAAUACACAAUCAUAUAUAUAUAUGUACAGGGAAGUUCAUUUUUUAAACUAAACACACCAUGAUAAUCAUUAACAUCAAAUAUUUACAAACAUGAUAAAAAAAUAAAAUAUUUUUAUAAGGAAGAAAAAAUGCAAUUUUUUUUCUGAGAAAAUCAUCUUUUUUGGUCAUUAGAACACCAUAUUUUUCGUUAAAAUAUAACUUUCUAGUCGCCCUUGUCUUCUCUCAAAUCGCCCCAAAAGAAACAAGACAAACAAGCACUCAUUUUUACACACAAACUCCCAGUGAACACACAUUGAUCACACGAUAAAUAAUAAAUUAACUUGGUAAUUGUAACCAGUAAUUCGGUCAUAGAUCAUCAACACAUAAAAAAGAGAGAGUAGAGAGAUUGCAGGAUUCAAAUUAGUAUUUAAGUAAAAGGAGAUGAGUAAAAUUCACUGCAAAUUUACGCCGGUGAUGAAUAAUUUAAAAAAUCCUCCAUAUUUCCAAGUCAUCAAAAAAUGACAUAUCUGUUUUUUACUACUUUGCUGAAAUAAUUUUGAUUUCUCACAAAAAUAUCUCGAGUUGAACAUUGGUUUUUCCAUCAGAAAAAAAAAACCUACACUAU